UCUCAAACAACGUUAAAAUCAAAACACAGCCAGAAGCUUUGACACCAAUCAUCAUCAUCAUCUUCACCUUAUUUUAAUUGUUGACAACAAAAGUUUUCUCACUAGAUCUUUGUUGUACCCAUUUAUUUAAUAAUUACCCAAUUGUGAAUGCUAAAUUCAGAGAAAACAACUAGCAAAAAAUGGCCAUCUCUGAAACCUUCGCAUUCCUCCUCUCUCUACCCACUUCCUCAUCAAUUCUCAACACGGACACUGUCAUUGCCGUUACGGUGUUCAUCACACUCCUCUGCGCUUGCAUUGUCAUCGGUCACCUUCUUGAAGAGAACCGGUGGGCUAAUGAAUCAAUCACAGCUCUUCUUCUGGGUUUGGCAACUGGGUUAGUGGUAUUGUUGAUCACUAAAUGCCAAAGCUCGCGCUUACUGGUCUUCAGUGAAGAUCUUUUCUUCAUCUAUUUGCUUCCUCCAAUCAUUUUCAAUGCUGGUUUCCAGGUGAAGAAAAAGCAAUUCUUCAAGAACUUCUCAAUAAUAUUGAUGUUCGGAAUAUGUGGCACAAUAAUAUCAUUCUGUCUCAUAUCAGUAGGAGCCUAUUGGCUAUUCAAAUGGAUUGGUGUAAAAUCCCUGGAAAUUAAAGAUUACUUAGCUAUUGGCGCCAUACUCUCAGCAACCGACUCAGUUUGUACAUUGCAGGUCCUGAAUCAAGAUGACACACCCUUCCUUUACAGUGUUGUCUUUGGCGAGGGUGUUGUGAAUGAUGCUACCUCUAUUGUGCUUUUCAAUGCAGUUCAAUCUCUUGAUGUCAGGAAUGUUGACUUUUUGACAGCCUUGAAAUUGUUGGGAACCUUCUUAUACCUCUUCUUCACUAGUACUGCUCUUGGAAUAGCAGUGGGGCUUUUAAGUGCAUAUACCAUAAAGACACUUUACUUUGGAAGACAUUCCACAGAUCGUGAAGUUGCAAUCAUGAUGCUUCUGGCCUAUUUGUCAUACAUGAUAGCUGAGCUGCUAUCUCUUAGUGGGAUUUUGACAAUUUUCUUCUGUGGCAUUGUCAUGUCGCACUACACAUGGCACAACGUUACUGAAAGCUCGCGGCUAACAACCAAGCACGGGUUUGCAACUAUUUCAUUCAUUGCAGAGACUUUCAUAUUCUUGUAUGUCGGUAUGGAUGCAUUAGACAUAGACAAAUGGAGACAAAGCAAAGCAAGUGCAUCAACUUCAGUUGCCGUCAGUUCAACUUUCUUCGCACUAGUGUUGGUUGGGAGGGCCGCAUUCGUGUACCCUCUUGCGAAUAUUUCUAAUUGUUUUAAAAGAAGAGACAGCAGCAAAAUUGCUUUAAAGCAACAGUUUAUUGUAUGGUGGGCAGGCCUAAUGCGAGGUGCAGUUACUGUUGCUUUAUCUUACAACCAGUUUUCUUCUAGCGGGACAGAUUCGCCUGAGCGUUCUCUAAUGAUUACAAGUACAAUAAUUGUUGUUCUGUUUAGUACAGUGGUGUUUGGUUCAAUAACAAAGCCUCUGAUUGAAGCAUUGCUGUUAAGACAUGCAAAGCCAACAUCAGUUUCAGAUGUAGGUGAUUUUGCAAGCCUAGAAGACUUGAGGCUUUUAUUCCUCGAAAAUGGAGAUCCGACUGAUAAUGGCAGCGGCCAAACAGUGCCUAGGAGAAACAGUCUAAGGUUGUUAAUUGCACACCCUUCUUCUACAGUUCACUACUUUUGGAGGAAAUUUGAUGACAGGUUUAUGAGACCGGUUUUUGGUGGGAGGGGCUUUGUUCCAUUUGUUCCAAGCUCACCAACUGGUGCAGCUGAUGAAACUUCUUGAAUUAGAAGAUCAACAACAAUAUACGUUUUUAAUUAAUUUUCUUUUCAUACAUAUAUAAGAAGAAGAAGAAGAAGAAGAAGAAGAAGAAGAGAAGUAUGAGGAAGGUAUACAAGCCGCAAUUGUGUACAGUAGAGUUGAUUUUAUUUUUUGAACACUUUUUCCAUAAAGAUUAUGUAGUUUACUCUUGAAUAAAUGUAAGUGUAUGUUUUCAUUUGCAAAGUU